AUGAGAAAUCGUAGUCUGAUAUCAUCCAUAGCUCUCAUCCUAUUAGCUGUUCCAACAGUACUUGCUGGAAGAUGCUCAUAUAAGGAGUUGAAGCGCCCAGAACCAUUAGAAAUUCGUCCAAGACGUUGUACUGGAGCUGGUUCAUUCAUAGGAGAAGAUUAUUGGACAACUAUUGGAUAUGAUGGCUCACUAAAGGAUAACCGUCAAACUUCGGAUUUCUUGACAUUCGAUCAAGCUCCAGUAGCUGAUGGAUAUAUAGCUUAUUGGAUAACUCGUACUCGUUAUGGAAAUACUCAUUAUGAAGCAUUUGGACAUGCCACCAUUAGAGAUGAUGGCCGUGUAUGUGCUUGGUUUGUUGGACUGGAUAAGGAAAUCGUUGAAGUUUGUGGAGGUUUCCGAGUAUUGAGCCGUAGCCGUUUCCGUCCACAAAAUGAGAAUCCAUUUGAAUGGACUCAAGCUCAUUUGGAUGCUAAAAGCACCCUCGGCUUUCAUGAGCAUCGCAUUGCCAAAUACGACGGACCAGAAGAAGAGGUUAUUUAUGGUGAUGCUCGUAUUCAAAAUCAUAAUUAUCAAGGAGUUAGUGGACGCGAUUCAGAAGAGAAGAGCUUUGUUGAGGUGACAGGUCCUGAAGAGUUUGCUCAACGUAUCUGGCUUCUUCGUCGUAAACCAGGAAUUCCAGCGGCUGCUAUUUACCAAGCUUUUCCCAGACUUUCUUCAUUGGACGAGAGACGAAAUCAAAUUUCAAAUGAUUUUUAUGACGAACAGAGAACUGAAUCCCGAGGCUCCCUUGACUCCUAUAGUUAUCAGCAACAACAAUAUAUGCAACAACAGCAACAAUAUUAUCAACAACAAAAACAACGUCAACUUGAGCAACGACAGAGAGUCCAAGAACAACGUCUGCGUGAGCAACAAGCUCAUGAGCAACGUCUCCAAGAGCAAAGAGUCCGUCAGCAGCAAGCACAAGAACUUAGACAACAAGCUGAAGGUAGCGAACAACACCACAUUGGUCAUGGCGCUCGUCCCAUAUAUGCUGAACAACAAAAUAAUGAAAGAGAAAACAGACUUGCAAAUUCAGAAAAUGAGGGUCGUAAUGAUUCUCCUCAACGUUUUGCUCGUAUUCAAGCACCUCAAUUGAUACGUGACCAAUAUGGAAAUACAUAUGAAAAAAGAGAAGGUUUCUAUUUUUUAUAUUCUGAUCCUCACAUCCAAAAUGUUCGUAUCAAUGGAGCAGCGUCGAAUAGUGGUGUGAAUACGGCGGAAGUUGUUGAUGAACGAUAUGCAGAUGAAAACUAUCGCCGUCAUAUGGAAUCUUUAAGACGAAUUCAUGAAGAGAGACGUCAAAAUGAGGAACGUCGUCGUCAACAAUGGGAUGAACGUAAAGAGCAGCCACAAAGAGUUUCCCCAGAUGAAAGUGAAAGAACAACUUAUGUAGGAGAUAGACGUUUACCUGAAGUUGAGCGACUCGAAGAGGAAGCUUCAUCUCGUCUUGGAGGACAAGACAAGGAUGGAUGGCAAGUUCAGGAAACGAAUGAGCAACAGACCCCUCUUCGGGAAGAUGGCUCAGAAGAUCCGGUUCCAUUCGAUGAAACAGAAGAUAAGGAAGAAGCUGAUGAGAUGGACGACGUGACUCCUCAAUCACUAUUGCCAUCAACUGGUCCAAUCUAUGAGUCGAGCGAGAAGAAGGAAGACUGGAUGUUAAGCCGAGAUUCAAAUGAAAUUUUAUCACAAAAUCUUCCAUAA